AUGAUUGCGAAGAAGUUGAAAUUCAGAAUCAAGAUAACAGCAGUACAUCUCACUUCAGGAUAUCAAUUUGAAGCUGCACCUCCGAAUCUGUAUGCACAACCUCCUUCUGAGCCUACUUCAACAGAUCUCAUGGCCAAUUUGCAUGCCACCUCAGUGGUAGCAGUAUUAACUAGAAUUCUUACGGUGACGUCCACUAUGAAAAGAUUUAAAGCAUUUUGUGGUAAAGAGAAUUGGCAAAAACAUGAAACAAAAUGUGGACGUGCCUUAAGUAACGAAGUACUAUUUCACUUUAUUUAUUUAAAUGCGUUUAUUAAAAGUAUCCAAAAAUCAGACUCAAUUAACACUUCUAAUUCAAGUAUUAUUUAUUUGCCAGUCGUUUAUAUUUCCUUCUGUCGUAUUUUCCCUCUCAAAAAGCUGGGCGGUCGUACACAUCCUGCAAAAGAAAAUGAUUGCAAUGGGCGAGGCAGGACGUAUAGCUUGUCUGGCUACAGAGAAGAUAGCAGCUUAAAAAAUGUAAAAAAGGAUGGAGAGACGUCUGUUUCUAAAGCUGAUGCGUCUUCAUUCACUUCAAAAAAAAUAAUAUUUGCUGAUUUCGAGUUGUGCCUAAUGCAUAUACAAUCUGAAGUGUUCAUCAGAAAAGUUUCUCCUUGUGUAAAAACGUUCACACCAUCCACUUCUUUGUGGCCAAGUUCAUUAAUCAAAAAGCUCCAAAUCAGCAAACCAAUUGCGUUUCCAUAUCAGAAUAAUAUUUAUAAUUCCCAAAGUGGCAAUCCAUUACACUAA